GCGAGCGCGAUGGAGGCGGGGGAAGUGCGAGCUCUCUGCGGGGACUGGAGCGAGUCCACGCCCGGGGCCAGCGCUGCAGAGCUGGCGUGCAUUCAACCAGCGCUUCCCAGCUAGAGCAGCGUUGCAAGCCCGGGGACGGCACUGGAAGGGGGGGGCGGCGGGCGGGUGGAAAGGGGGCAGCUCUUCCGCCCCAGCCUGCCGCCGAUCCGCAGGGUGAAAACUGAUUGGUUGACGCCACCGUGAAGGGGGAAGAGAGGGAGCUUGCGGGGGAGACCCAGACGGCGUCACCCCAGGGCCCGAGAGGUGGAGGAUGAACGGAGAAGCGGACAGUCCAACCGACUUAGAAAUGACAGCCCCCAAAAAUCAAGACCGUUGGACCCAGGAAGACAUGUUGACUCUCUUAGAAUGCAUGAAGAACAACUUGCCCUCCAAUGACGGGAGCAAGUUCAAAACCACCGAAUCCCAUCUGGAUUGGGACAAAGUGGCCUUCAAGGACUUCUCCGGUGACAUGUGCAAGAUAAAGUGGAUUGAGAUCUCCAACGAGGUGAGGAAGUUUCGAACCCUGACAGAGUUGAUCACGGAUGCCGAGGAACACGUGAAAAACCCCUACAAGGGCAAGAAGCUGAAGAAGCAUCCCGACUUCCCCAAGAAACCUUUGACCCCGUACUUCCGUUUCUUCAUGGAGAAGCGAGCAAAAUACGCCAAGCUGCACCCAGAGAUGAGCAACCUGGAUCUCACUAAGAUACUUUCAAAGAAGUAUAAAGAGCUUCCUGAAAAGAAAAAGAUGAAGUAUAUCCAGGACUUUCAACGUGAGAAACAAGAAUUUGAACGGAAUUUGGCAAGGUUUCGGGAAGACCACCCCGAUCUCAUUCAGAACGCCAAGAAAUCAGACAUCCCUGAGAAACCCAAGACUCCUCAGCAGCUCUGGUAUACUCACGAGAAGAAGAUCUACCUGAAAGUGCGUCCUGAUGCCACCACGAAGGAGGUGAAGGAGGCGUUGGGCAAGCAAUGGUCUCAGCUCUCGGACAAAAAAAGGCUGAAAUGGAUUCAUAAGGCUCUGGAGCAACGGAAGGAGUAUGAGGAAAUGAUGCGGGAUUAUAUCCAGAAACACCCUGAGGUAAACAUUGAAGAAGGAGUCCCCCGCUCCACACUGACCAAAGCGGAGCGGCAAUUGAAAGACAAAUUUGAUGGGAGACCCACCAAGCCCCCUCCGAACAGUUACUCUCUCUACUGUGCGGAGCUGAUGGCGAACAUGAAAGAUGUCCCAAGCACGGAGCGAAUGGUGCUUUGCAGUCAACAGUGGAAGCUUCUUUCCCAGAAGGAGAAGGAUGCUUAUCACAAAAAGUGUGAUCAGAGAAAGAAAGACUAUGAAAUUGAGCUUCUGCGUUUCCUGGAGAGCCUACCCGAAGAAGAGCAGCAAAGGGUUCUGGGAGAGGAGAAGAUGCUAGGAGUGAACAAGAAAGGCGCCAGCAGUCCUGCCUCUAAGAAGCCCUCACCAGAUGCCAGCAAGGGAGGUUCUGAGAAACCUAAACGGCCAGUGUCCGCUAUGUUUAUCUUCUCGGAGGAGAAACGCAAACAGCUGCAGGAGGAGCGACCCGAACUGUCGGACAGCGAACUGACCCGGCUGCUGGCGCGGAUGUGGAAUGAUCUUUCCGAGAAAAAAAAGGCGAAGUACAAAGCUCGUGAGGCUUCCCUGAAGGCCCAGACAGAGAAGAAGCACGUUUCAGACAAGGAGGACCGCGGCAAGCUUCCUGAGUCACCCAAGACAGCUGAGGAGAUCUGGCAGCAAAGUGUCAUCGGAGAUUAUCUGGCCCGCUUCAAGAACGAUAGAGGAAAAGCGCUAAAAGCCAUGGAAACCACCUGGAAUAACAUGGAGAAAAAGGAGAAGCUGAUGUGGAUCAAGAAAGCAGCAGAGGAUCAGAAACGAUACGAGCGGGAAUUAAGCGAGAUGAGAGCACCACCUUGCUCUACAAAUGCCUCCAAGAAGAUGAAAUUCCAGGGUGAGCCAAAGAAACCCCCCAUGAACGGGUAUCAGAAGUUCUCUCAGGAGCUGCUCUCAAACGGCGAACUCAACCACCUCCCUCUGAAGGAGCGGAUGGUGGAGAUCGGGAGCCGCUGGCAGCGCAUCUCGCAGAGCCAGAAGGAGCAAUACAAGAAGCUGGCCGAAGAGCAGCAGAAACAGUACAAGGUGCACCUGGACCUGUGGCUGAAGAGUUUGUCACCACAAGAGAGAGCGGCCUACAAAGAGCAUACCUCCAAUAAGCGGAAGAACAUGGGGAAGAUGCGAGGCCCAAAUCCCAAGAUGAAGCCUUCAAUGCAGUCUAAGUCAGAAUCGGAGGAUGAGGACGAUGACGACGAUGAUGACGACGAAGAGGAAGACGACGACGAUGACAAUGGGGACUCUUCCGAGGAAGGAGGAGACUCCUCUGAUUCAAGCAGCGAGGAAGAGAGCGAAGACGGGGAUGAGAACGAAGAAGACGACGACGAAGAGGAUGACGACGACGACGAAGAUGAUGACGAUAACGAAUCAGAGGGCAGCAGCAGUUCCUCGUCAUCCUCAGGAGACUCUUCCGACUCGGACUCCAACUAAGCCAUUCCCUUCCUCCGGUCGCUUUUCUCGCUGUGCUCUUAUUCGGCUUUGUUUCUCCAGAUAACAGCGACAUCUGCGGCUGGAGAACUAGGAUUGGGAGGAAAGGAGAGGGGUGGGGGGAAAUCACUGUGGUUUAAUUAUCUUCCUCUCCUCACACACAUCACGUACAAUGGCGUAUGUUUGUGUGUGAGAGGAGCAGGGUGGUAGAAAACAGCUGACAACCAGCGAAUGGGGGGGGGGGGGCGUUCGUUGUUGUUUUUUUUCGUUUGUCUUUGUGGGGAGCGAGUUUUAUUCUCUUUUUAAAGUUUUGAGGGGAUUUCCUUCCCCCCUUUCUUGUGAGAAGCGGGCAGGGGUUCUCACAACAGACCCCCUUAAUUGUCCCCCCUCACGUAUUGGCCUCCUCCCUACCCCCAAAAUUCUAGCCACCAGCUCAGAACUUUGUACAAAUUCUCUUUUUUUAAAACAAACAAACAAAAACAUGGCAGUGAGAGACUUUUUUUCCCCCCUUUUUUUCCUGGCAAACAGUCAAGGAGAGACGGGUUCCAGAAAGCAUGAGCCGCGGAAGGUUCUGGACUUUGCGACAGUUGACCCCGACUCUCCACAAAGUGGACAAUCUUGUACAGUCUUGAAAUUUCACACCUUGACUAAGGAGAGCGAGAAAGAAAGAGCCCAAAAUGGCCACAGCUGCACUUAGCUAUUUCCUGUGACGAACUGGAUAUCCAGCGUUUCCUGCUGAGGGAAAUGGGGUGGGGUGGGGGGGUAUGUUUUGUGAGAGUGCGUGGCAACAAGCAGGGGGGUAGCGAAGAAACGGAAGAGCAGGUGGAUUUUUUUUGCAGAGGGGGGUGGAGCGUCUGGCAUGCUGUGGAGGGAGGAGAGGAUUUCAAGAGCUCCAAGGUGACGUGACUUUUCUUUUGUAGAAGAUGGGAGUUUUUUCUGUCAUUUUUCUGACCAGCAUUCGAGCAAAAGACAGUAGUGGCCAGACCCCUUUGGGUUGUUGUUGUUGUUAAUAUAUAUAUUUUUUUUUACAAUGAAGUGACCAAUAAUUGUACCAAAA